AUGCCAUUGGAAGCCAUCGUCGACGCUUCCGACGUUGUCGAGAAGCCAACAUCUUGGUCCGCACGCGUACGCUCUGCUACUCAGGAGACACCUUCACAAGAUGAGGCCCACGCUGUUCGAAUUGGCUGGACUUUGACGCCCAUUUGCUCGGGCUAUACCGCGGGGGAACGGCAGCGCACGCUCCUUGAUGGCCGCCUUGGAGACCCUUCCCCGGAAGUCACCCUCUUCAGCCGCCAACACUACUAUACCGCGCUCGGAGGAGUCCAUGUACCUCUCAUCAAGUUCGCAUCGCUGCGUCAAAUGACCAAGUCGGUUCGUGAUGCACUCCUUGCUCACGCGCUUGCGUACGCGGAUGCCGACCUACUGCAUCGCGAUGUAGCACCAGGAAAUAUUCUCAUCACCGAGGACGGCGGCGUACUGAUCGACUGGCACCCGGCGAGAAUGGUCCAUACGGACGAUCAUCGCCAGCUGGGCACGGACGGGAGAGUGGGGACAUGGCCAUUCUGCUCGUACGCGCUAGAUAGCCAGGACAGGGAAGCUACGCACGGCUUGCCUGAUGACCUAGAAUCGUUUCUGUGGGUCGUGUUAUAUGUGACUGUCCGUUACCGUCCUCUUGCCCUCGACCCAACAACAUACGCAUGGAUCCUGUUCACAACAUUCGGCGUCUCCGCAUCACACGGUGCUGAUCAAGGAUCCGCGUCGCGCCGCGAAUGCGAUAAGAAGCUCGACUUCUUGCGAGGCUUCAGCAACAGCUUCAGUCGCGCGGACAUCUGGAGGACCAUCCCCUUGCCACUCCACCGCCUCCUAGCUAAGCUGCAGGACAUCUUCGCUCCGCUCUACCCCAUACGGCCCAGCAAGAUGCAUUUCUCGGACAAGGACUCAGCAGCUGCUAUCGCUGGUAUCGUACCUGAUCUUCCUGAGGAGCUCUUUAGAGGCAAGAGACUCCUGGCGCGUGAGCUGAAGCUUCUCCAGGAGCAAUGGCGAAGGGGGGAGAUUGCUGCGCCAGUCACCGCCCAGACUAGCUCUCGACGGAUCGAAGAGGACGACUACUUUCCGCCUAUUGAUUAUGCGCCAGUCCAAUCGCACGGUGUCAUUGCGUGGGCGUUUGACGUUGCAGUACUGUUGGCGGGUGAUACGGCGUGGGACGAACUGGAUGGUGGCGCAGUAGAUCAGGUCCUUGCGCGGCAGAGCGGCUUCGCGUGCGUCCAGGAUAACAUUACGAGGGCGUUCCCCGUGCAUACAUAG